AUGAGGACUUCAUCAACAUAUCACGCCCUCGGGCUACUCGGCCUGACUGUGCCAAGCUUGGCUGGUGUCGCGUCCUGUUCGGCCCCCAAGGCCGAUGCCAUCACCAUCAAGACCGACUCUAAGCUGCAAAAGAUCGACGGCUUUGGAUUCUCACAAGCUUUCACUCGCGCGGCCGAAUUUCAGGCGGCAGACCCCCAGCUGUCAAAGGCGGCGCUCGAUCUCUUCUUCGACAAGAAGAAUGGCGCUGGUUUCAGCAUCAUCCGCAAUUGGAUUCCCUCAUCUUCCAAUUACACAAUUGAGCCAAGCAGCCCAGGCUCUCCUUCCUCCACUCCUCAGUACCGCUGGGAUGGCUGGGAUGAGGGCCAGGUCUGGUUCACCAAGCAGGCCCGAAGCUACGGUGUGAAGACGAUCUAUGCCGAUGCAUGGAGUGCACCGGGCUUCAUGAAGACCAGUGGAGACGAGGCUAAGCCAGGAUUCCUCUGCGGUACUCCCGGUCAUGAAUGCGCCUCCGGAGACUGGAGACAAGCCUAUGCGGACUACCUUGUUCAAUACGUCGAGUUCUACAAGAAGGAGGGUAUCGACAUUACUCACCUGGGAUUCUUGAACGAACCCGAUUUCAAAAAUGAAUUUGAAGAAGCUGACCCGGUCGCCCUGGCGUCUAACAGGCCCUCUUAUUCCAACAUGCAGAUCAGUGACAAUGCCAGCGAAGCCAUUGACUUUAUUCCCAUCCUCCGCAAGACGGUCGACCAUGCCAAAUUGGACGUGAGCCUCACAUGCUGCGAUGCCACCGGCUGGGACAAGCAGGCCGAGUAUACCAAGGCCCUGGUCGCCGCCGGCAUGCAGCGUGAUCUCGACGUCAUCACCUCGCACAUGUACUCCAGUGACGCUACCUAUCCCCUCGAUACAAUUUUGCCCACCUGGAUCUCCGAGGCUGGUGUGGAGACCAGCAGUGGUCGAUUCGUGCCCACAUGGUACAGCACUGGCAAUGUCAACGAGGGACUUGCCUGGGCUAUUAAGAUUGCCAAGGGCUUGGUCGAUGCCAAUCUGAACGCUUACCUUUUCUGGGAAGGCUUCGAGAUCAACCAGCAGCAGUCGGCCAGCCACCUGCUCGAUGUCACCGGUCCUGACCAGAAGACCAUUCUCCCAUCUGGAAUCUUUUACGCGUUCAGCAUGUUCUCUCGCUUCAUCCGCCCUGAUGCUUACCGUGUCGCCAUUGAGGGUACUGACAAGCUCGCGAACGUGAUUACCGCGGCUUUCCAAAACAAGGACAAGUCUGUCAUUGUCGUGUUCACCAACACCGGGGCCGCGAGUCAAUCCACUGAGAUCUUGGUCCCUCCCCACCAGGCUGGCAGCAGUGCCAAGGCCUGGCUGACCGACAAUGACCACAAGAUCGAGAAGACCCCCGUGGAGCAUACUCGCACUAACGAUCACUCCAGCAUCAAGGUGAAUAUUCCCGCUCAUAGUGUGGUCACUGUCAAGUUUGCUUGA